AUGUUUCCUAAUGAGAUUUCUUUGUUGGUUUUCAAAUCAUUAUAUGAAUCCAUUUUUUAUGACACUUGUAAAAACAUAUCUGAAAAUGUUGAUACCAAAAAACGUAUUGAUAAUUUGAGAUUGAUAUCUAAAUUUUUUAAACAAGAAUUUGAAACCUAUUUUUUAGCAAGACUUAAAGAAAAAGAAAUUAUUUUAGAAACAAACCAAGAUAUUUUAUAUUAUAAACUUCAUUCAAAAAUUAAUGAUUGGAGUUCUACCAGCUCUCUUAUCAAAACAUAUGUUCCUUCAGAUUCAUAUAGGUUAUUAGAAAAGUUAGAUU